AUGAAGUUUGCGAGAGUCAGGAGAGAAAGCAAGAAGCAAGACUUGAAAUAUUUAGCUGCUUAUCUUCUUUUGACGAAGGCCGGAAAAGAGGCUCCUUCCAAGGAUGACGUCACCAAGGUCCUCGAGGCUGCUGGUGCAGAGAUCGAUGAGGCUAAAAUUGACAGUCUUAUCGAGUCUUUGAAAGACAAGAAGGUGGAAGAUGUUAUUGCUCAGGGCCAGGAGAAGCUUUCUACAGUUUCGGUUGCUGCCCCAGCCGCUUCUGCUGAUGGAAAAUCAAGUGAUGAUGCUGCAGAUGAGGAAAAGGAGGAUGCUGAAGAGGAGGAAGAGGAAGAUGAUGACAUGGACAUGGUAUCCAUCACGAGAAUUCGAAUGAACUUCUUUUAUCUUUUUCCAGUCAACUUUUUGCUUAUGUGUUGCACUGCAGGCCCGAUGGGAUUUUUGCUUGCCCUUACAACUACACGAAGCGAGGCAUCUAAAGCGGCUCAGACAAUCACAAACUGCGUUUUGCCCCCAGACGCAAUCCUUCCCCCAAAGAUGAACAGUCUGUUUGACCACAUUUUAUGUCUGACAGGUAACGAAAGAGUGGUUAUACCGGGGAAACUCCAGCGGGUUGUUCCUCCAUCUCCCACGGCUGAAGUUUUUAACAUCUCAGGGUGGGUCUCUUCGAUUUACGCAAUGCUUACAGCCACUUUUAUCAAAAUAUUGCCUAUUUUAGGCCCAGUUAUAUCCGCUUACAACAACCUUCUCGCAGAUAUACACUCAAGAUCAUCCAGAUUGUACCGACUUCAGCGGCUUCGGCGUCGCCAAGCAGAAUACUACCAUCUCAAGCAAAAAGAGGGGCAAUUGCUCAUGCUAGGGGUGUGCAUAUACGUGCUUGAGUCUAUUCCUGUAAUUGGAACACUAUUUUUCCGGUUUACAAAUCAAAUUGGAAUUGCCUACAUGCAGGGGUUGGAACUUCAAAGCAAGAAACAGGGCAUGAUUGAGUUGCUGCCUGUCGAAAGUAACCCUGUACAAGACCAUUUGACGCAAAAUACAGAAAAUGACUUGCAGAAAAAGAAUACUUGA